AUGGCCAUUGCCGGUAGCGGGAGGGGCGAGUCGAAGCCCACCGUCAGCACGAAGUCCGUGUCUCGGUCGUCCAUGGCCGGCCUCCAAAUCCCCGUCAGCCGCGUCACCAGGUACCUCAGGGUAGGCAGUUGCACAAAACACGGCAGUACCGUCACCCCCGUCUACCUCGCCACUAAGACCCUGGAGCCUGCCGGCAACACGGCGCGGGGUAACAAGAAGAACCGGAUCGUGCCGCGGCACAUCCAGCUAGCGGUGUGCAACGAUGAGGAGUUGAGUCGGUUGUUGUGCGCGUUCACCAUCGCCGACGACGGGCUGAUGCUCGACAUCCACACCGUGCUCCUCCCAAGAGGGCCGACAAGGCCAAGGACGACAUCCACCGGCAAGCAUCCUAGCACCCUGCCGCACACGGUUAUCUGUAGCGUGUGCGAUGCACCUUGUAUCACACACCAUUACGAGGCGAAAAUUCGCAGUUGCAUGUGCGAUAUUUUUUCUAACCAUGUGCUAUGA